AUGGAUGGAUGUUCUUUUGAUGGAUUGUUCCUAGAGAAAGAGAAAGAGUUGGUUUUGAUGAUGAUGGAGAAAUUGCCAAGCAAUUUGAUAAGCGAAGAGAUACUGAGAAAAAGCUUGGAUUUUGAGACACUGUGUACGGUGGCUUGUGUCAGCAAAUCCCUGCGUUUCGCCGUGGACACCCAGGUCCUUCCUUUCCUGUCUUCUCUCGAUCUCUCCAUUGUAUCUAUAGAUGCACACGCUCUUUAUCUCAUUCUGAGCCGGUUUAAGAGCCUUGAUACACUGACCCUUAAUUGCCAACGCCUCAAUGAUUCCUCCCUCAUCCCUUUUUUGGCUCCACAAAUCCAACAGCUCAAUCUUUCUUGCUGCUCUUUACUCUCUCCUUCCUUUCUUCAUUUUAUAGGAGCUAACUGCCCCUUUCUCAGGGUGCUUACGGUGGAAUUGGCAGACCAGCUUUCACCUCUUUUAUUCCGAAAGAAUGUUGCCUACAUGCUUAAUAAGUGCCAGUAUUUGGAGUGUCUCUCUAUAAAGAUCAAAGGAACAGAAGUUGAUGCGAAUGCUCUCCGGUCCAUUGAAUUCUCCCUGCCACGAAGUAUCAAAUUUCUUAAGUUAAAACCGGUGCUUGAGCAUAAUGCAAUCCAGCUCACAAACGAACUCAGAUCUUCUGGAAACUUUUCAUCAACAGAUGAUGUCGGCAUUUCCAUCUCACCGUCGUCCUCUGGUUUUGCAUUGCAGUGCUUGUCACUUCUCUUAGAUGUGAUAUCGGACAGGCUGCUUGUAAUGAUAACCAGCUCUCUUCCUCUUCUAGUAGAGCUGCAUCUCGAAGAUAGACCAGAUAAGGAACCAUUACCUCACCUUGAUUUGACCAACCGUGGGCUUCAGUUCUUAGGCUCUUGUCAUCGUCUGACUGGCCUCUCUCUUAUACGUAGUAGGCAGAACUACCAAGGAUCAUUUAAAAGAAUAAACGAUAUGGGGAUGUUUCUGCUUUCUGAGAGCUGCAAAGCUUUGGAGUCAGUGAGGUUCGGUGGAUUCUCUAAAGUUAGUGAUGCUGGCUUUGCAUCAUUGCUGCACUCCUGCCAGGAGCUAAAGAAAUUUGAAGUUCGCAGUACCUUGUUAUUGUCAGACUUGGCCUUUCAUGAUCUCGUUGAAGCCUCAUGUAACCUAGUUGAAGUGAGAUUGCUGUCGUGCGGACUCAUAACUAGUGAAACUGUUAAGAAACUGGCCUCUUCUAGGAGCUUGGAGUUGCUUGACCUUCGUGGCUGCAAGAGUGUAGCAGAUUCUUGCCUGAGCUCCAUUUUAUGCCUUCAAAGAUUGGCAACAUUGAACCUUACAGGAGCCGAUAUUACUGAUAGUGGUUUAUCCGUUAUUGGUCAGGGGAACACACCCAUCUCACAUUUGUGUCUUAGAGGCUGUAAGAGGAUAACUGACAAAGGAAUCUCUUUUUUGCUGUGUGGUGGUGGGGCAAUUGCUCAAACAUUGUCAGCACUGGAUUUAGGUUACAUGCCAGGUAUAUCAGACAAUGGCAUUCUUACUAUCGCUACCUUUGGUAGAGAGAUCACCGAAUUGUGUGUUAGGAAUUGCUUUUAUCUGACUGAUCUGUCAGUGCAAGCGCUGGCUACAAAGAGAAGCUCACAAGACAGAAGCAAACAACUUUGCCGAGUUGAUCUGUUUAACUGUAUUGGGUUAUCUGCUGAUGCACUGAAACUUCUAAGGAAGCCUUUGUUUCGUGGACUGCGUUGGCUUGGUAUUGGGCAAACUCGUUUAGCAAGUAAAGGGGAUGCUGUGAUAACUGAAAUUCAUAGGGAACGACCGUGGCUGACUUUGUGUUUGGAUGGAUGUGAAAUGGGAUGUCAUGAUGGAUGGCAGUUCCAUACUCCAUAA